AUGGCACAGGCAGCAAAAGAGCCACAAAAGCAACCAAACACUAAAAGUGAAAGCAGACACAAUAAACCAUUCGCUGACUUGGCUGGUUUAACCGAGAAUGCUUGGUUGGGCGUGCGACAGCCGGCAGAUUCCUCGUUUGUGGCUGUAGAAGUGACAUUUCGCAAUUCUGCGCAUUUCUACAAUAUUCUGCCCGCUAGUAGUGUGGGGGGCCGCAGUCCAACUUUGGUGCGACUGACGCGCGAACUCUCUGUCAAACUUUUGUCGGAGGAGCCAGCUGCAAAGGAAAUCGCCUCGACGGCGGAGUCACUGCCAGGCACACUGGACCAGCCUCAAGAUCAGUGUUUGCUGGACGGUGUCCUUAUGCUGAAGGCGAGUGUUACCUGUGAGACCCAAGUGGGCUGUCGUGCCAUACAGAAGACAGGAUACUGUUGUCCUGAUUACAAAUGCGAUUGUCAGAAGGAUGGCAAAACUUAUUCCAAUGGUGAUAAGUUGUUAGAUCCGGAGACACCCUGUACGGUAUGCUAUUGUCAAGGUGGUGAAAUACUCUGCAGUUCUGUGACCUGCUUCUAUCGUGACGAUUGCAAGCCAAAGUAUAUACCAGGGCGUUGCUGUCCGGAAUACGACAAUUGUCCAGUCUUUACUUUUGAUCCCACUCAAAAUGCAAAAAAAUCAAACAAUCCUCCAACACCAGCUGCAGAGGUGAACAGCGCCGAGACGACAUCAGCUCCACCACCGGUGCUUAAUCCGAAUAUAACCAUCAAAGAGAUCACUAAACCGGUUGAGAUACGCAUUACCGAUGACAAUAAAGUCAUACCGAUUCAUCAUAUGCUCAAACCACAAACUACAACUACCACGACCAGCACGACAACAACUUCAACUGAACAAUCCACGACAACGCGGACAACAACAACAGCGGACGGCAGCAGUUCACCACUACCGGCGCCAACACCAUCAGUAGCCGUUGUAUCUCAAAAUACACCAACAGAGCAAGAGCAAAAUCACAGUGGUGAAAGUGUGUCGAGUUCAACUACGAACAAUGGCAAUAACUUAACAUUUAGCAUAGACAACAACCGUCAAACUUUACUUCCAGUGGCUGGGGGCGUUAAUAAUGUUGAGAGCUUAAAGCUUAGCGCUUCAGUUGCUUACCCAAGCACAGAGCGUAAUACUGUUGUAGUUGCUAUACCACAAAAUGGGGCGAACGUGGAAAAUGGUAGCUGUGAUAGUGGUGAAGUGUCCGCCGAGGUGGCACAGCUUGUUGAGGAUGGCGAAGCGAUUCCCGCGUUUGGCGCACAGGAACUACAACACGAUGCCUCAUUGAAUGAUCCAACGAAAGUGAAUAUAAAGCGAGAAAACUUGGUGACGACUGAACGAGUAACGGCUGGUGAAGAACUCGGUUCACCUGAGCUGAUAGAUGGUAAUGAUGGCGGACAAAGCGGCGGUUUACAACUGCAAAACACAUUUGAUUUAGAACCCGAAACAUCUGGCAGUGACAACAUUUAUCACAUCAUCUUGACCACAGCUGGACCGCGCGUAGAAGGAAAUACAGACGGUUUUGCGGGUUUUAAGGCAACUGAAGAUCUUCCGCAAUCCGGCGCCGUGGACAUACAAGCCGCAGCUUCCAAUAAUCAACACACAGUAGUACUGCCUCCACCACAAUUAUCAAAUACCACUGCUACUCCCAUAAAUAACGAUAGCACCACCCAUCUACCAACAACUGCCUCAACAGAAGCCAUGCCAGCCAGUUCGAGUUCCUCAAGCACAGAUGCGUCCACAUUGGCAUCCACCACGCCAGAAGCAGCAAAACAUUCCAGUGAUGUUAGAACAUUCCACUUAGAAGAAGAAGAGAGUGCCAUACCAAUGGAAGCCAACCCGGCAUAUCCUUCCCUGCCCGAAGAUGACUUUAGUUUGCGUGAUGUAAAUUUCCCACUAAGUGAGACCGAUGACGCCGGCGAGACAGACAUUAAGGAUGAGCAGCGUAGUAUUAGUAGCGCCUUUGACCUGGUUAGAUCAUACAAACCGGCGGACGAAGGUAGUGGAAGUGGCAUUAAUAUCGCUGAUGGCUCAUCUACCGCAAGCUACUACGGCGUAAGCAGUGAUAGCACCACCGAAACCGCAUCGAAACUGCCAACAAAAGUGGCACUGCUUAUGAACUCAGCUGAAGAUUUGUCCAGUGAAACGACCAUCUCGAAUAGCAGCGAUUUUCAAUUAGAUCGUUUCUCACGUCUCGCUAACAAUGCUUCAAAUGAUUCCGCAGAAUCGAAGGAAACUCAACUGGCCAGUGAAACGGGUAGUGGUAGUGGCGAGUCCUUGGAGGCCGAACAGAAGCUGGGUAAGCAACGCGAACCCACUACACCACGACCAAAGCCACAUGCCGCAGUCGAUGUGGAUAUCGACGAACUGGGCGGCAAUACUUCAGGCGAUGGAAAUAAUAAUCCAGAAGAUGAUCCCAAACUGGAUGCGGAGAGCAUAAAGGCCGAUGAGAAUUUAGAGGACGGCAUAGUUAAGCAGGAGGCGGGUCAAAAGGAGGAUGUGUUGACGGUGAAUGCCAAGCCGACGGAGGAGCGCGCAGCCGAGGAGGUGCCGGCGGCGACCAUUGGUAGAAUACAACGGCUAUUCCUGCAGCGCUUUGUUUGAAAUUAAUUAAAUUUACAAGAAAAUUGUUUUGGUGAAAAAGAAAUGCUAGAGAAUGUUUUUAGUGAUCAGAAGUAGAAACUGUAAAUAUGUUAAAGAUAAACAAGUACGCGAAAUUUUGCAGAAAAAGUAAGGAGUUAAAAAGAAAAUGAGACGCAAUUUUGCUUUACGCGGUGAAGUUUGAGUGCGAAAUAUUGCAAUCGAGGCGAUCGAAAGGGCAGAGAUAGACUAAAAUUUUGAAUUGAGCUGAAGUAAACAUUUGUGCGACUAUAGAAAAUUUAUAUAUUUUUAAAAAUAAUUUUUUUUUAUAAUAAUAUUUUGCACUGUGCGAGUUUUAAAAUAAAAUUCAAAAAUUUGACUGCAAUGUAUAAAGGCAAGCAGUAGCGCGCCUGAAUGGCCUGUUGUCUCGCUUAAAUUUCCAGCGCUAAGAGUUGAAAUAUGAAAUCAGCCAUUUUUUAUAAAAUUCAUGUUAUUAGAAAUGUCGCAUACUUCUAAGCGCAAAAUUAUAAUUUUUUAACUUUUGAAUGCUGCAAUUUGGAAGAAAAAAUGUACGAAAAUUCAACUACCAAUAUAUUUUAAAAAUACUAACUGUAAAAUGCUUAUAUAUUUUAGUUAAAAUUUAAGGCUAGCAUUAACAUUGAAAAAUCUAUUUUUAAGUAGAACGAAGCAGUUUAGGUGAAGAAAAAAUAUUCAACAUUGAAAAAACAACAACGAAUAUGUAACAACAAAAGCUGGGCUCCUAAAAUGCAAUAACUCAAAUUAAAUAGACAUACAAAGAAAUAUAGUAUUUCAGUGAGAAAAUUAAUAUAAAAUAUGAUUAAAAUAAAUUAUUUGCGUUAAUUCUAAUUAAGUCAACAUGUAAAAAACAAAAAACAAAAACAAAAUUCACAAGCAUACACGCAAAUUUCAUUAAAACACGAAUUUAUGAGAAACAACCUUUUGAGGAACUCAACCACUGUUCCAGAAGAAAACGAUUUUGUAAAACUUAGACACAUAAUUUAUUUUAAAUGGGUAACUAAUAUUAUUGCCUUGGCAUACACAAACACCAAUUCAAAGUGGUAUUAGUUCCUGCAGUUAAAUUUAAAAACUAUUUUUAAUUUAUUAAAAUUUAUUGUAAUAAAAGAAAUUGAUGUCGAUGGUAAUAAAAAACGUAUUAAAUGUGAAAAUUUUA